AUGAUUUGGCAUCACCUUGAAUAUUUAAGGCGACCGGCCGCCGGAUUCACUCACACGGCCGCCGGAUUCACUCACACGGCCGCCGGAUUCACUCACACAGCCGCCGAUGAAGCACUAUAUCAUACGCUCACGGUGGAGCUCCUGUUUCUCCGUUCGCCGUUUCACUCGAAGGUCACUGAUUUCACUUCAUCCUCUCAUUCUCCCGCCAUCCUCGAAUGUGGGUUUCUCCAAUUCUCCGCGAUUUCAAUUCCUCUGGUUUGGUCUCUCAGACUGGGAUUCGUCCAUCAGGCUCUUGGAUUGGUUUCUAUAAUAUGGUCAAGAAAGGUUCCUCUUGAUUCUUACACUUGCAACAUUUUGGUUAAAGGUUUUUGCGACAUCGGGCUGUUAGAAUAUGCCCACUUGUUUAUGAUUAGUAUUGUAGAUUUAGCAGAGCCUUAUCCUGAUACACUCAAUGAUCAUGCUUUCUGCAAGAACAGGAGGUUAGAGGAAGCCAAGCUGCUUUUAGAUGAGAUGAGGAAAAUGGGCGUGGAUCCUAAUCAUGUUUCCUUCUCUACACUCAUUGAUUCCUCCUUCAGAAAAAGGGAUCUAAUGAGUGCUUUUUCACUUCAAGCACAAAUGGUAGUUCGAGGAUAUGCAUUUGAUGUUGUCAUUUGCACCAUUUUGAUGGAUGGGUUGUUUAAGGCAGGAAAACCUGCAGAAGCUGAGGAAAUGUACAAGUCUCUUUGGAAAUUCAGCUUGAUUCCAGAUUGUAUUACUUAUUUUGUCAUGAAUGCGAUUUAUGGUUCCAGUAAAUUAGGAGAAAUGAAACGUGUAGACAGCUUACUGAACGAAAUGGCGGCAAAUAAUGUUUAUCCAGAUGUUAUUACAUAUUCCUCUGUGAUAAAUGGACAUAUCAAGAAAGGAAUGCUCUAUUCAGUGGCUGAGGAAUUGGUCAGGGAUUUAGUAUCGAAAGGAUUAACACCCGAUUGUGCUAACUACACUUCGAUGAUGGAUGUAUUCUUCAAAGAAGGAAAUGAGUCGGCUGCACUUAGUAUGGCUCAAGAAGUAUCUAUGAGAAAUAUAGGACUCGACACUAUUGCAUACAAUGUCCUUAUAAACGGUUUAUCAAAGCUGGGAAACUAUAGAAUCGAGUCUCUUUUUGAUGGAAUUAAACAUUCUGGUUUGUCAUUUCUUCCAUGA